GCCCUGCUGGAAUUCAAUCUGGAACUGAUGCUUGUACUGGUCCUGAAAGUCCAAUGCCUUAGCUUUGUAUUCCUGGGCCUUCUUGUCAUCUUUCUCCACCCCUUCUCCCUUCAGCGGUUCUGCUUUUCUGAAGACAGCCUGAAAUCAAGGAAUGGAGCCUGCCAGUCUGGAUUGUCCAACCUCAGUCCAUUAGCUGCAUCAAAUUCCCAUUGCUCUAAUGGAAUAGGUGUGAUUUCAAAACAAGAAAAGGUGACAGUGGAAUCAACAGUCACUGCAUCUUCAUCUGGAAGUGCCUCUUAUUGGCAUACUUACAGGAGUUCCUCUACUAAGGAGAACAUCCCUAAUUUUGUCACACCUCCUUUUUCUUUGAGAAAAAAGGCUCUUGCAGCAGGGCACAGGUUCCAUCUCUCAUCAAAUUUCUCCCAUAAAGGCAAAUUCCUUCAGCCAUCUCCACUCUGCAAUCAAAACAGGAAACAGGAUCCUUCUCAUCAAAAUGGACUUUCGUCCAAGUCUUCAUUCAAUUCUGCUGCCAUGUCUACAACACCAGUAUGGAAUCCAUUUGAAGAAGAUCUCCUUGAACGCUUGCACAAGCCGAUUAUGAGUCCCACAACAGUGUUUGCACGAGUGGUCAGUCCAAGCAAGGAGGAGACUAGUGAAUUUCAAUGGGCUAUAGAGGAGCAAUCAAAACUGUACCCAACUGCCAUUGAAGUGAAACCUCAUCAUCUUCUUCAAUCGCCAAUUGAUCCCCAUGUUGAACAGCUUAUACAAGAAAAAAUUGACAGAUAUUUUGAGGAAGUGCACAGUGUCUUCAGCCCUGCUGAUGCUGAUAUCAGAAUGAAAGCCCAAUUGCGAUGUACCAGCACUGAGGAAUGCAUCUGUUGCACUAAGGCUGAAGCACCUCAUACUGAUGUUGGCUCUCAAACUUGUCUGAGUUUCCCAGUAGAUCUUCCUGAGGAGGUUGAAGGUGUCCUGAGGAAAUACUAUCUCAUCCCACCCAUACCACUUGAUGAAGGAAAUGGGAACCGGAGGGAAGACUCAAUGGGAAAUACCUCACUGACUAGAAGGAAGUUGAGAUUCUUGAGCGGUGAUAAUGACGAUAGUCACAUGUCAUUUAAAGAUGCAGCUCACCUUGAUGACCCAGAUCCUCAAUUUGUAUCUUCAUGUGCAAUCUCUGGAAAUGGUGCUCAUUUGGAUCUGGCAGGGAGUCCAAUAGGAGGAGGUGAUAGCAAACGAAUGUCAGUAACACCCCAAGGGACAUUCCAGUCUCCAACUGUUUCUCCUAUUGGCCCUCAUCAUGACUUGGAUACUCAUCUCCCCAAUUUUACAUUAGCUUCUCCACUUCUCCAAAAUUCUGUCAGUGCUACUGCUCAGAGUGGCAAGAACCAGAGAAGUUUUGAAUUAGGAUUGACCAAUUCCCCAAUGGAGGACAGUUAUACAACCAUGGCAAGCCUAUCUAUGGAUGAGCAUGAUUUUGGACUGCAUUCCAAUGUCUUUCAAUCCACAUGUGAUCCCAAGACAGCAGGCUCAAGCACGAUCCACCUUCCAAGCAGUAUGUCAUUUGGGAACUCUGCUUCCCAUGACACAGGCUACAACACUGGAUGUGUAUCUUCGGUGUGGCCAGCAAUCGAGGAGGAAAGCAUUGGGACUGAAAAACACAUGCAUCAACAGGCCCAGAAUGAUAUGACUUUCACACAUCCCAUCACUGCCUCAACUCCAACAAGGAAGGCGGGUCACCAAUUUCUCAAAUGUCAAAAUGUAACUCCCCGGUUGGGAUUAUCUGUCCCAUGGUACUGGGGAAUUAGGAUUGAGACUACCAACUUUUGCCAUCACUGGGAAAGCAUGAUCACCCCAAAGUUCUCAAUAUCACAGACUCAAAAGUUUUUGGAAUUUGACAUUGAAGCUCGAUAUGCGUCAUUGCAAGAUGCAGAAGUUUUUGUUGAAGACUGUGACUUCCGAUUCUUUGCACGCCCUUAUUACUUAAGGCUCUUUCUGCCAAAACCUGUUGUGGAGAGUGAUGAAAACAAAGCUGAGUACAAUGCAGACACUGGGCAUUUCCGAAUACAAAUAUCCAAGAAAGAGGAAGGAGAGGUUUUCCCAGAUCUGGACAUGGUUACUUCUCUCCUCACUCCAUCAACAGAUGCAAAGAGCCCUGGGAGACGACCCCUGAUUGAAGUCAUCAGUGGAGAGGAUGACAGUACUGAGUCUAGAACAAGUGUAGAAGAAUGGGACUGGUCCAUUGAUCAACAGGUGCCCAAGGAGAGUGAUGAGCAGGGAUCAGACCUUUCAUCUAUCAUUCGCGAAUUCAAGUAUGGAUUUGCCCAGAAGCAAUCAGGGAAAUUCUCAAGAUUGCAGGAUGAAUUCAGUGAUGUGGUACUGGUGAGAGACCCUGAGAAAAAGUCAGCAACAGAAAGGAGAAAGGAAAGGGAGGAGAGCGAAGAGAAGCAAUUUUCAUAUGAUCACUACCUGGCUGAUCUCCAUUCUACUCCUUCAAUACUUGAGGAAAUCUUCUCUUUUGUUCCUCAUUGGCAGAAGCAAAUAGAAUGUUAUGAUUUCACAGAUGAUGAAAAAUUGACCUUGUUGGGACUCCCCAGACAGGAGUAUCUCCUGGAUGCAAUUGAAAAUCGUGCAGUGAUGCUGGGUCUCUUGGACAUCCUCUUUGCAUAUUGCUAUGACUUUCAUGUAACCCUGGGAGAGACAUCAGUAGAAUCCAGCUGGAACAUUGCCAUUCUUAGCUCCACCCUUUCAUGGUUUGAUGUGAGCUCUAACUUGCCUCUGGAAGUCAUGAUGGCAUUGGUGUUUGAGGAUGUGUAUGAGGUAUUGAGGGCAUUUCUGCGUCGUUGCCUCUGUUUUCCCCUUUAUCGCCACUGGGAGUUGGCCCGCAUCUGCAAGGCUGAUGUUAUCUCUUUACUCAGAGCUGGAAGGAAAGAGAUUCUUCGCUGCCUCCUGAACAUCCACCAACUUUUUGUCUCUCCCACUUGCUCCAGACCAUAUUACAUCCUUAAUGAUCUCUAUAUCAGGGACUAUUGUGCCUGGGUUCAACGUCUUCCUGAUUCUGCUUUUCAUACCUUGGCAGACACUCUAGAAAAUGUGAAGGUGAAGAAAAUGGAUCUGGGUCUUGAUGUGAAGUUAUGGGAGGAAGCAGGCACUCUGGCUUUAAAGGCUGAGACAGGAGAAACUGACAGUGAUAGUGUAACAUCUGAUGAAGAAAUAGCUCAAGUCAGCAAGAAACUGGAGCAGCUUGAUGUUCAGCAAUAGAAGCAGUUGAGAUCUAUCCCACCACCAUCCUGAUUGACAGAGGAAAAAACAAACCUUCCAAUUGGUGGUUGAAAAUUGAAGAGUCUCUAAUUGUAAGUGCUCAAGACUGUAUUUGUAUUGGUGGAGGGAGAUGGAACUGCUGCCUGCAUCCCACUAUAGUGCAAACUUCAGCUUGAGGACCCAGUUGCCUGUGGAACAUUGGUGGAAGUCACCUUGAAGCUGAGCAUUUUUGUCACAGCUGCUAGUUGAAUGAAGUCCAUUUGAAGUACCCAAGAGAAUGAAGGACCAAAUUUGAAAAUGGAGCUUGGACCAAGUUGAACCAUCUCUCUCACUCAUCGUACAUACUUACCAGCUGCAGAAACAUUCAGAUGCCAAGUUUUGUUGAAGGAUCUCAUGUGUUGUUCUCAUAUACCAAGGUUUUUGUCAAAAAAAAUUUGCCACGUAUCCCUUUGUUUUUUGUUGUCCCAUUUCGUUAAAUAAAAUCAUUUGUAUUAGAG